GAACCUGUACAGUUACUACAACACGAGCAGACAGGAAUUCGCAGAGAUAACAAUAAUAAUAAUAAUGAUGAUAAAAUGAUAACAGAUAUAAAUAACAGUGAGUGUUUCGGUGAAGUUGAGUCUCGGGUCGCUGUUGUGAGCCGCUGCUGCACUUGGGAGUCAGAGUGAGUGGAUGAUAUACAUGCUGCCUGUGCAAUAGAGAGCUUACUGCUACAUGACCUGAAAGCUGCUGAUACACAUGAAAACGGAGGAGCCAGUGAAACGAAUAAUAGACACCAAUAACUGACAGGAAAAACCCCUCAGUCCUCUGUGCCACUGACAUAAUGAUGACCUGAAAUUCAGCGGAAGCUUUCACUUUACGCUGAGAAAAAAAAUUUCAUUUUAAAUACUCUUAAUUAGCCCCAAAGAAGAUUUUACAAAAUAAGGGGAAUCCAAGCAAAUGUUAAAGCACACUGAGUUUCAGCUUUGAUUCCAUGACAUCGCCAGAUGAAGAUGGAUAGAUGGUGUGGCACCCAAUAACCAGAGGGUAGUAAAUGAGCUGCUGUGUUAGCAGCUGGAUUCCUGGAUGACGGAGGGCAGAUAGCAUUUUAAGUAAUUAACAAAGGCACAUCAGACACCUCUAGAUGUGCAACUGCAGAUAGCAGCAGUUUCAACUUUACUGAGCUUGUGAAAGGCCAGAUUGAUCAGGGAGAUUUGUUUGCAUCAUGAAUCCUAGAGACAGUGUGGAGGUGAUGGAGACGCAGACUUUAGGUCAGAAGGAAAAGGCGGUGGGAGACCAGGCUAACCUUGGCAACGUGACCGAGGGUGAGGAUGAUAAAAUCCCCGGGACCUUCGACUGCAACGUGUGUGGACGCAGCUUCCCGUUCCUCAGCUCUUUGUCGCAGCAUAUGAGACGACACACGGGUGUACGCCCUUAUAAAUGCCCUUACUGUGACCACAGAGCCUCUCAGAAGGGAAACCUCAAAGUCCACAUUCGCAGCCAUAAACUGGGCACGCUUUCGAGCCAUCACACGAAUGACGAUGAAGAGGGUGGAGCUGAGGAGGAGGAGAUGAGUGUUUCAGAGGGUCUCGAUGGAGGUACGAGUCCAACUAAAAGCAGUUCUGCUUGUAACCGGAUGAUCAAUGGGGAUAGUGGUGAGGAGAGUCGCAGGAAAGUACCUGCAAGGAGCAUGAAGAGAGUCAAGUCCCUAACAGACCAGCGGCCUUACUGUUGCCGUCUUUGUGGCUACGAGGCCCAGCGAGAAGACCAGCUACUCAGCCACAUUGAAAAGGUCCACAUCACAGCAGACGCUGAGGAUGAGGCACCUGUUAAGGAAGAGGCUGUGACUGAACCUGAUGCCACCCAACAACAGGGUGAUGGGUCCUUCCCAUGUGAGACCUGUGGCCAAGUCUUCAGCCAAGCCUGGUUUCUGAAGUCGCACAUGAAGAAACACGCAGGGAUCCUGGACCACUGCUGUCGCAUUUGUGGACGACGGUUCCGCGAAGCUUGGUUUCUUAAAUCUCACAUGAAAACACACAACACCAAAUCGAGGUCACGGUCAAAAUCGGAUUUAGCUGAACAUCCAGCCACCAUCAAUGAUGUAGCCCAGGAUCCUGAUGUUGUUACGAGCUCUGUUCCAUCGAUCUAUCACAUUUGCGCUAAAUGUGGGAACCUGUUUCACAGCAAAGAAAGCCUGAAAGUCCACGAAAGGGUUCAUAAUCUCAGCUACGGCAAGAAGUCUCAGAGUCCAUGCAUACCCAGUAAUGAUGAGGACUCACCUGCUGCUAAGAAACGCUUUCUGGACUAUUUACAUCUUCAGCCUGUGGAGGAAAAGGCCCUGCAUGAAGAAAAGGAAUGUGAGAAGAUUCUGGGUCGAAGAAUCCCAGAGCUAGAUCCAAUUUGUAGCUACCAGGCAUGGCAUUUAGCCACCAAGGGAAGGGUUCUGGAGCCAGUGGAGCCUAGUUACAAGGCAUCAUAUGGGGGAGGAAGUAUGGGAGAAGAGGCCUUCGCUGGAGCCGCUGUGGUUUUUGAGAAGGAGAGCAGUCGCUACGUCCUGCAAGGUCAGGAGAAACGUGGCUCAGGCAGACGCAGCAGCUCUGGGCAGGGAAGCCAUGCCUCUUCAGGGGACCGAACACCAGAGAACCUCAGCGACUCAGAGUAUCGGCCGUCAUCUCGCCAAGACCGGCGGCGGCCAUCCCAGUCACAGUCUUCCUCCAAGUCCAACGAGUGCUUUGAGUGUGGGAAGGUGUUCCGCAGUCGUCACCAGAUGAUGGUCCACCAGCGAGUCCACAGAAAGGACGGAGGCAGGGCAUCUGUGGGAGACAAGGACAGAAGUGGCAGGGACGACCGAUGGGGCUCCACAAGUGAGCCAGAGUCAGUCUCCCCCGGCCGUCCCUGCACCCCGGGGUACGGAGACUCUCCACCAGCCUCCACACUCGGAGAUCAGGCCUCAGAGAUGGGAACCGCAGACUCUGGAGAGCUUUCAGAUGAGAAGCCUUACAUCUGCAGCCUGUGUAACUUUGUUACCUCGGAGUCACAGGCCUUUCUGACUCAUGUUCGUGUCCAACACCCGCCUGCUCCUGAAGAUCGGCCCAGUCCAAUUCCCAGCCCCAGCUCCAGCUCGGACAGAGGCACCCCCAGUGGCUACCCCAAGCUGAAGAAAGCUCUUCUCAAAGGGCUGAAAAAUUCUGCAUCCGCUCACCACUCAGCUCAGUCAUCCCCAUUCGACCCCAGCAUGACUCCUGUGAAUCUUUGUGUCAGGGCCGAUGGCACCAGAGGUAUAGCCUCCUUAACUUUGGACAGGAAGAGCCUCCCCAGCCACAAGUGCUCCUUUUGCUCCCACUCCACCCACUACCCUGAGGUACUCUGGAUGCACCAGACUGUGGCUCACCGCAUCAACAGCAGCAGCUCCAACCUGGCUCCUAAAUGGGCCUUUAAGAACAACUCAAAGAGCUAUAGAGACAGCUCGUUAUCCUUCAGGAGACGAACUGGUCCCCCACCAGUCCUGGGGGGAAAAGAGUGUCCACCACUGCCCCCACUCAUGCGCACCCAACGAACCCUUUCCCCAACAAACUCCAGUGAGGUGCUAAAGAAGAGCAAGCCAGCCAGUCAAGCAGCCAUGCCAUCCUCAUCAUCGUCAUCAUCCUCCUCCUCCUCCUCUACCCCCUCCUCCUUGCUCUCUAGGGGUUCCUCAUCCUCCUCAGGCACCCAAGCUGGGAGAGUUCCUGUACGGCCAGGCAGCAGCAGCAGCAGCAGCACCGUCAGGCACACAGAGGACCAGACUUAUCCCUCACGCUCCAGGCCCAAAGUGGAUACCUACCCCCGGGGAGGAUCACUUUCAUCCUUCAGCGCCUUAGAAAAGAGCAGCGGUGCCCCUUCACACUCCCCAGCCCCAAGCCCCAGCACUGCAACAGGUUCCAGGAUGGCUGACCGCUAUGUGAUACCUCAAGAGGGCCUCGGCUUCAUGCUGUCCAGCAAACACGGCUUGGCAGAGUACAGUCGUGCCAGAAGCUCCCCUCAUCAACCGCUUCCUAACGCUCAUAGCCAGGGCCGAGCUAACAUAGCGAGGCCCAGCACCAUCACCCACAGCUCCACAGCAGGACAUAACUACGGAGGCUCCCAGGGGCACAGAGGAACCCUGCAGAGUCCCUCUUCUUCUUCUUCUUCUACGACGUCGUCUUCUUUGCCUUCUGAGGCUUGUGGAGAUUUAAAGCAGGAGCCAAUCGCGGAGACACCGGAGAUGCCAAAUGACAUCCUCAACUUCCUCAAAAACUACAGCCCCCAUGAGCUGGCCGCCCUCUACCACCGCUGGGGUGCCGCCAACGCCAUGUUGGAUCCCACUGGAAUGCUGAGGUCCCUCAUGCGACAGGGCCAGUACGUCUGCCAGGAGUGUGGGAAGAGUUUCAGUCAGCCCAGCCACCUGCGCACUCAUAUGCGAUCUCAUACAGGGGAGAGGCCAUUCUGCUGCCAGCUCUGCCCAUACCGAGCCUCUCAGAAAGGGAACCUAAAGACGCACGUCCAGAGCGUCCACCAUAUGCCUUUUGACAACAGCCAGUACCCGGACACACGGAGCUUACUACUGAGCCAGGAGGAGCCAGGAGCGAUGGCUGCCAAACAUCCACCGACGCCACAAUAAAAACCACAAACCCUCUAGUGGACUCUGAUCUAGACUCGG